AUGUCGUCGUCGGAGCCCGAUGCCGAGGGCGCCCUCGGCGGCGCCUCCCCAUCCGCCCGCGUGCUCGCCCGCGCCCUCGACAAGAUCAUCAAGCACUCCUCCUGCCGCCGGCACGCCGCGCUCGUCGCCGCCUCUAAGUCCGCGCUCGACCUCCUCUCCUCCUCCCCGGCUCCUGAUGACGAGCCCGACACCUCCUCGCCCUCCCCCGUCCCCGGCCUCCCAGCGCCCGCCGCCGCCGCCGCCCUCGCCGCACUUCUCCUCGCGCUCGACCCGGCGUCCCCGAAGGUGGCCGAGCCCGCGCUCGAGUGCGUCGCCGGCCUCCUCUUCCUCCGCCUUCUCCUCGGCGACGUCGACGCGGUCGACCCCUCCCCGGUCCCGAAACUCUUCGCCGCGGUGCUCUCCUGCAUCUCGCUCGGUGGCGGCGGGGACGAAGCGCUCGAGCUCGCCGUGCUGCGCGUUCUCGUCGCUUUCGCGCGGUGCCCGGGCGUCUCCGUCAGCGGGGAGUGCCUGGGCCAGGUGGUCAAGGCGUGCUACAACGUCUACCUCGGGAGCGCCAGCGGCGGCAACCAGCUCUGUGCCAAAAUGGCCCUCGCACAGGUGCUGGUCAUCGUGUUCGCGCGCGUCGAGGCCGACGCCAUGGACGUCCGCGUGCGCACUGUCUCCGCUGCCGACAUGAUUGACCUCUCUGACCGCAGCCUCAACGACUCCAGCGUCGUACAGGCGGCUCAGGUGUUCUUAAACGAGGCCAUGGAGGGGAGCGACGUGCCGGAGGAGGCACCCCCUGUAGAUGCGGCAUCAGUUGAGGCGGAAGGCACUGGGGAGGAUGGUGGAAUAAGCAAGAUAAGGGAGGAUGGCCUGGCUUUGUUCAAGAACCUAUGCAAGUUGUCAAUGAAGUUUGGUACGCCUGAUAGCCCCGAAGAUCCAAUGCUAUUAAGGGGGAAGGUGUUGUCGCUGGAGCUGGUUAGGAUGGUCAUUGACAAUGCAGGGCCAUUCUGGAAGACGAAUGAAAAGUAUCUUGAAGCAGUUAAGCAGUACCUUUGUUUAUCCUUGUUGAAGAAUAGUGCCUUGUCUGCAAUGAGUGUCUUCCAGUUAUUGUGUUCCAUCUUUAUGAGUCUAAUAUCAAGGUUUAGAUCUGGUUUGAAAGAGGAAAUUGGAAUGUUUUUUCCUAUGCUUAUCUUAAGAGUUCUUGAAAAUGUUCUCCAGCCUAGCUUUUUGCAGAAGAUGACAGUUCUAAACUUUUUGGAGAAGAUAUCUGAAGAACCUCAGGUUAUUAUUGAUAUCUUUGUGAACUUUGAUUGUGAUGUUGAUGCACCAAAUAUUUUUGAAAGGAUUAUUAAUGGACUUCUAAAGACUGCUUUAGGUGUCCCUACUGGAUCUACAACAACAUUAACUGUUGCACAAGACCAAACAUUUAGGAUUGAGUCUGUCAAGUGCCUUGCUACUGUUGUUAAGUCGAUGGGUGCAUGGAUUGACCAACAACUGAGAAUUGGUGAAUUUUCAUCAGGCAGUUCUGAAACUCUAAGUUCAGCUGAGAACCAUAAUAUUCAUAAUGGAGAAGAAGGGAGCGGAAUAGAUUAUGAACUGCAGCUUGACACUAGUAGUUCUGACAUAACUGACUCUUCCUCACUUGAGCAACGGCGUGCUUACAAGAUAGAGCUUCAGAAAGGAAUUACCUUGUUCAACAAAAAACCUUCCAAAGGUAUCGAUUUUCUCAUUCGGAGCAAGAAAAUAGUCAAUUCUCCAGAAGAUGUGGCUUCUUUCUUGAGAAAUACUGCUGGAUUAAAUGCAACAAUGAUAGGCGACUAUUUGGGUGAGAGGGAUGACUUUCCCCUCAAAGUAAUGCAUGCUUAUGUGGACGCUUUAAACUUCGAAGGCAUGGACUUUGGUCAAGCAAUUAGGUUCUUCUUGCAAGGUUUCAGUGCAGAUACAGCAUAUGUUCUUGCUUAUUCUGUGAUCUUGCUAAACACUGAUGCUCAUAAUCCGACGGUGAAGAACAAGAUGUCUAAGGCAGAUUUUAUGCGCAACAAUCGAGGAAUAGAUGAUGGGAAGGAUUUGCCAGAAGAUUAUUUGAGUACACUGUAUGACCAGAUUGUCAACAAUGAAAUCAAAAUGACUGCUGAUUCUUCAGUUGCACAAACCAAGCAAUCCAAUAGUGUAGGCAGGCUUCUAGGCUUGGACAAUAUUAUCAACUUUGUCAAUUGGAGAUCAGCAGAAGACAAGGCAGUAGGAGCAAAUGACUUGCUCAUUAAGCACAUACAGGAAAAAUUCAAAGCAAAACGUGGGAAAUCAGAGUCCACGUUUUAUGUUGUUGCUGAUGCAACCAUUUUAAGAUUCAUGAUGGAGUCCUGUUGGGCACCUAUGAUGGCUGCGUUCAGUGUGCUCCUUGAUCAGUGUGAUGAUAAGGCUGCUACAUCACAGUGCUUGAAGGGAUUAAGAUUUUCCGUGCACAUCACUUCUGUUAUGUGCAUGCAGACACAGAGGGAUGCUUUCUUAACAUCCAUAGCCAAAUUCACAUCUCUCCAUUCUGCUGCAGACAUGAAGCAAAAAAAUAUUGAUUCUAUGAAGGCUAUAAUAUCUAUCGCAAUCGAAGAUGGCAAUUACUUGCAGGAAGCUUGGGAACAUGUAUUAACUUGUUUAUCACGGUUUGAGCAUUUACAUCUGCUUGGAGAAGGGGUUCCCACUGAUGCAUCCUUUCUGACAGUACCUCUGAUUGAGUCAGAAGAAAAAACUAAUAAGUCUACUUCUGUCCUAACUUCUAAGAAGACUAAUGCUCUUCAGAAUCCCGCUGUGAUGGCUGCCGUUAGAGGGGGUACUUACGAUAGCACAGUGGCAAAAGGCAGUGCGUCAGCACUGGUCACUCCUGAACAGAUCAAUAAUUUCCUAUCAAGCAUUAAUUUAUUGGAUCAGAUUGGCAUUGUUGAGUUAAAUCAUAUCUUUGCCCAUAGCCAAAGAUUAAACAGUGAUGCUAUUGUUGCUUUUGUGAAAGCUCUUUGCAAGGUCUCAAUGACUGAGCUGCAGUCUCCAACAGAUCCUCGUAUCUUCUGCCUUACUAAAAUAGUAGAGAUUGCGCAUUACAAUAUGAAUCGCAUACGUCUGGUGUGGUCACGUAUUUGGAAAGUCUUGUCAGACUUUUUUGUGUCUGUUGGGUUGUUGGAAAAUCUUUCUGUCGCUAUAUUUGUGAUGGACUCUCUGAGGCAGCUGGCUAUGAAGUUUCUAGAAAGGGAGGAACUGGCAAACUAUAACUUUCAAAAUGAGUUCCUUAGACCUUUUGUGAUUGUUAUGCAGAGGAGCAAUGCUCCAGAAGUACGAGAGCUGAUUGUUAGGUGCGUCUCACAGAUGGUUCUGAGUCGGGUUAAUAACAUAAAGUCUGGGUGGAAGGGUGUUUUUAUGGUUUUUACUUCUGCCGCAGCUGAUGAUACAAGAAGUACUGUCCUAUUGGCAUUUGAGACGGUGGAAAAAAUUGUUCGAGAUUAUUUUCAUCACAUAACUGAGACAGAGACAACAACAUUUACUGAUUGUGUUACUUGUCUUAUUGCAUUUACAAGUAGUCAGUUUAACAGCGACGCCAAUCUCAAUGCUAUUGCAUUUCUGCGAUUCUGUGCUGUUAAACUUGCUGAGGAAGGAUUUGCUUGUCAAGAUAGGGCUUUUGAACAACCCAGGAAUUCAGCCAUGGUGUGUGGUGGAAAUGCCACUGUGCAAAAAGAUGGUCAUAUUUCCCUCUGGGUGCCUCUCCUUGCAGGUUUAGCUAAAUUGACAACUGAUCCAAGACUGACUAUCAAGAAAGGUGCUGUAGGAGUACUUUUUGACAUUUUAAAGGAUCAUGGAAACCUGUUUUCACUGACUUUUUGGACCGAUAUCUUUGAACAUGUUGUUUAUCCUCUAUUUAGCAAUGAAAGAUCCACACCCAGUGACCAGAUUUCAUCAUCAAAUUCCGCAGAGUAUAAUUUACCUGAUCUUGAGACACAAACGUUGGCAGUGAAAUGCUUGGUGGGUUUGUUUGUUAAUUUCUUCGAUGUGAUACGGCCAGAACUUGGUAGAACAGCAUCCAUUGUUACAUUUUUUAUCAGAAGCCCCUACAAACAUUGUGCUACUAUUGGUGUAUCUGCAAUUAUGCGUUUAGCAGAGGGGGUUGGUAACAAACUUUCCAAGGAGGAAUGGAAGGAGAUAUUGAUCUUAUUUAGAGAAUCAGUGACGCACACCUUCAUCAUGUUCUCUAAAAUUGUAAGGAUGAUGCAAGAUAUUGAUAUCCCAGAUAGAAUUGAUUCUUAUUCAGAAACCGAGCAAUAUUUGGAUCAAGAGAUGUAUGGUAAUGAUGAAGAGGAAGCGAAUAUGGAGACAACUUCUUAUGCUAUUGUCAAACUGAAGAAUCAUAUGGCCCUACUGCUCAUGGUGAUACAGAACAUUAUUAAAUUAUACGAGGAGCAUAGAAAAUAUCUUCAUGCCGAGCAUAUUAGUAUUCUUUUGGAGAUGAUGUCAGCUAUUGCGACCCAUUCAAGUGAAGUGAGCUCUGAAUCAUCCUUGCAGAUGAAAUUUCAUAAAGCAUGUUCCCUUUUGGAGGUAUCUGAGCCAGCAAUUGUUCAUUUUGAGAACGAAUCCUACCAGAGUUACAUCAAACUUCUUCAAGCUCUGCAACAUGACUAUCCAUCCUUGUCAGAAGAAAUGAACAUAGAGUCUCAAGUGCUUGAUACCUGUGAGCAAAUAUUGCGAACAUAUCUGAAGUGCACAGGACACAAACCAUAUGAUGAAACGUCUCAAAGAAAUCCAUCUUUACAUUAUGCAGUGCCGCUGAGCGCUGCUAAGAAAGAGGAAUUGGCUGCAAGGACUCCUCUGGUCCUUCAAGUGAUGAAAUUGCUGGGUGAUCUGGAGAGGGAUUCUUUUAGCAGAAUAUUACCCUGCUUUUUCCCAUUUUUGGUUGAUCUGAUCCGCUGUGAACAUAGCUCUGGAGAAGUUCAACAUGCACUGUACAAUAUCUUCCAAUCAGCCAUUCUCCCCAUGAUACGAGUUGAAUAG